AUGAGGAAGCAAUUGAGUGGAUGCUGGUUGGCCAUUGUCUGUAUCCUGCUUUUCAGCCAGCUCUCCGCAGUCAGGGCAAGAGGGAUAAAGCACCGAAUCAAGUGGAACCGGAAGGCCUUACCCAGUACCUCCCAGGUCACGGAGGCCCGAAGGGCAGAGAUGCGCCCUGGGACCUUCAUCAAGCAGGGCCGGAAGCUGGAUAUCGACUUCGGAGCCGAGGGCAACAGGUACUACGAAGCCAACUAUUGGCAGUUCCCGGAUGGCAUCCACUACAACGGCUGCUCCGAGGGCAACGUGACCAAGGAGAAGUUUGUCACCAGCUGCAUCAAUGCCACCCAGGCUGCGAACCAGGAGGAGCUGUCCCGAGAGAAACCAGACAAGCUUUACCAGCGGAUCCUGUGGCGGCUGAUCAGUGAGCUCUGUUCAAUCAAGCACUGUGAUUUUUGGUUGGAAAGGGGAGCAGGACUUCGGGUCACUAUGGACCAGUCCCUGAUGCUCUGCCUGCUGGUUUUCAUUUGGUUGGUCGUGAAAUAA